GCUUAGGAGGCCUCGGGUCAGAUCUGCAAAGGGGGUGUUUGCUGGACACUUCUGCUAUCUACAGCCCCCUGGGGUGGGGCAGGGGGUCCGGAGCAGGGUGUAGUAGCUAUGGCAGCGGCUUAUGCUGGAAGGAGCUAGAGAGGCCCCUGCCAGCCUGUCACAGGCUCUUGUUGCUGGCACUGGCUCUGGACACACACACACACACACACACACACACACACACACUCACACAGGCAGUCGCCCCCUUGGUGGUCUCCACGGUCUCCUGCUCAGGUAAAUGGGUUCAUCACUGGGACCGUGAGGAUAGGGAGAGGAGCAAGGAACGAAGAGGCCAGCGUGAGCGUGUGUGUGUGCAAGUGUGUGUGCCUGGGAGUGACCUCACAGCCGCCGGAUCAUAAAGACUCACAGGUCCUGCCUCCCAGGCUCAAAGCUGGCUCCGCGGGGCAGCCAGGGACAUGAGAGGCACUGCACAGAGCCAGCUCCUGACCUUCUCCCUCCUCUGCCUCCUCUCAAAGGUGUGUGCCCAGCUGUGCCCGACAGCUUGCGCCUGCCCCUGGCCGCCACCCCGAUGCCCGCUGGGCGUGCCCUUGGUGCUGGACGGCUGCGGCUGCUGCCGGGUCUGCGCUCGGCGGCUGGGGGAGCCCUGCGACCACCUCCACGUCUGCGACUCCGGCCGGGGCCUGGUCUGCCAGCUCGGGGCGGGGCCUGGCGGCCGCGGGGCCACGUGCCUCUGGGGAGAGGACGACGGGAGCUGCGAGGUGGACGGCCGCCGGUUCCAGGACGGGGAGACCUUCCAGCCACACUGCAGGGUCCUCUGCCGCUGCGAGGACGGCGGCUUCACCUGCCUGCCGCUGUGCAGUGAGGACGUCCGGCUGCCCAGCUGGGACUGCCCGCACCCCAGAAGGGUGGAGGUCCCCGGCAAGUGCUGCCCCGAGUGGGUGUGUGACCAGGCGGCGGGGCAGGCGGUCCAGCCCCCCCAGGCCCGAGGACCCCAGUUUUCUGGCCUCGUGGCUCCUGCGCCCCCUGGCAUCCCCUGCCCAGAAUGGAGCACAGCCUGGGGCCCCUGCUCCACCACCUGCGGGCUGGGCGUGGCCACCCGAGUGUCCAACCAGAACCGCUUCUGCCAGCUGGAGACCCAGCGCCGCCUGUGCCUGCUGCGGCCCUGCCUGCCUGCGGGGAGCCGCCGCCCGCGGCACGGCGCCUUCUAGAGCGCUGGGAACGCACACGUGAAGGACACGGUCCCCAGCGGACGACCGACAGCAGAUGCCCCUGCCCAUGCCUUUGGCCCCCAUGAGUCCCACUUGGGUCCACCAUCCUGGGCCAGGAGGACGGGAACAGGCCCUGAGGUUGGGCCCCUUCCUCUCACCGCCCCAAGGCAGACCAUGGCUUCUGGGUGACUCUGGGCCAUUGCUGGCCGGCCGCAGCCUCAUCAGCCGACUGCCCGCUGGCUUUCUCUCCAGCUUCCCCUGGGCAAGGGGUGGGCCCACCAUUCCCUCUGUCUCACUUGGGCCUCAGGUGCAGGCCGGCUGGGGGAGGGGUGAAGAGUCCACAGUUCUGAAAUUCCCGCCUCCUUUCCCGGAGCUUUGCAAAACCAUCCCUGACUACAAAGCUGUGCCUGAACCGGGGGUGGUGGGGCUGGGGGUGCGGGGAGAACACCCUCCCACUCCGGGAGGAUUCAGCGCUGACAUCUUUGCACAUCGGAAGGCCACACCACACCGUCCUGAAGAAAGCCAGAAACCCACUAUGUAUUAGUAAGAACCCAUCUUUUUGAGCGCCCACAAUGUGCAAGGCACCGAGCUCAGCACUUUGCAUAGGCCAGUGCCCCCCAGUGCAGAGAAAAGAGGGGAGAACGAAGUAUUCCUCCCCGGGAUGGAAACAGCCUAAAAUAAACUAAACCAAGUAUGAAAUUCUGUUUGGCAUCUCAUGUUU